UGACGUCCGUCGUUUGGCUGCGGGACUUCCGGUCGAGCCGGAAACGGCCGGGGGGUUGUUUUUUCCCCCGCGGAAAAAGGCGAGAUGGACGUUCUCAAGGCGGAGAUCGAGCGGAAGCGGAAGCUGCUGGAGGAGAAGGAGCUGCUGGAGGGAAAUAAGAAAUAUUUCAAGCGCAGCGAACUAGCCAAAAAGGACGAAGAGGCGUAUUUCCAAAGAUGCGGUUACAAGCCAGUAAGUGAGACGCCACCGAGAGAGGUCAAUGAUGAGGCAGAACAGGACGAAAACCCAGCGUCUUCAAAUCCGGUGCUGGAGCUGGAGCUGGCAGAGGAGAAGUUGCCCAUGACUCUUUCUAGACAAGAGGUCAUUAGGAGACUGAGAGAAAGAGGGGAGCCCGUCAGACUGUUUGGGGAAACAGAUUAUGAUGCCUUUCAGCGAUUGCGAAAAAUAGAAAUUCUGGCCCCGGAAGUGAACAAGGGAUUGAGAAAUGAUCUGAAGGCUGCUUUAGAUAAGAUUGAUCAUGAAUAUCUGAACGAGAUCGUUGGUGGGCAGGAACAAGGCGAGGAUGACGCACAGAACGACCUCAAAGUCCACGAAGAGAACACGACCAUUGAAGAAUUAGAGGCAUUGGGAGAAUCCUUAGGUCAAGGGGACGACCAUAAAGAUAUGGAUAUCAUCACUAAAUUCUUGAAGUUUCUUCUUGGAGUUUGGGCAAAGGACCUGAACGCGAGAGAAGAUUAUUUGAAACGGGACGUCCACGGAAAGCUGAACAGCGCCACCCAGAAGCAGACGGAGUCUUACCUCAGACCUCUCUUCAGAAAACUCCGCAAAAGGACUCUUCCGGCAGACAUCAAGGAAUCCAUCACGGAUAUUAUCAAGUUCAUGUUGCAGAGGGAAUAUGUGAAGGCCAACGACGCCUAUCUCCAGAUGGCUAUUGGAAACGCUCCCUGGCCAAUUGGCGUCACUAUGGUUGGCAUUCAUGCCCGUACCGGUCGAGAGAAGAUCUUCUCCAAGCACGUGGCCCAUGUUUUGAAUGACGAGACUCAGAGGAAAUACAUCCAGGGUUUGAAGAGGCUAAUGACCAUUUGCCAGAAGCACUUCCCCACUGACCCAUCCAAAUGUGUGGAGUACAACGCAUUGUGACGACGCCACGACCUGUUUCUGCUCUUGGGGAGCCAGGCAAGAUGGACGUGGGACAGUCUUUGUGAGAACUUUGCCUCUGAAGCCUUGGAAGAAACUGCUGAGGUCAGUGUUGUUCAAUUUGGUCAACUUGAAGCUGUGUGGACUUCAACUCCCAGAAUUCCCCAGCCAGCCCAUGGGCUGGCUGGGGAAUUCUGGGAGUUAAAGUCCACACAGCUUCAAGUUGACCAGAUUGAACAACACUGACUUACAUUCUAGUCAAGCAGUCACAAUGGUUUAAGCUUCUGUAAAAUAGUAUAUAUAUAUAUUUUUUUGUAUGGUUUUUAUAGGAAACUCUCUAAGAAAAUCUUGUAGGGGGUCAUGUUAAGAGAAGUGAUGUGCAGAAACACAUGUUAAUGACAGAGGAUUAUCUGAUGCAGGUGAACAAAUAGACUUGGAGAGAUUAUUUUUUGUUCCUAAACCCAAAGCUAUGGGUAAGUACUGCCCAAACGAGUGAAGAUUUGUAAAUGUGGAGUUGCUUCACGUUAACAUCCAAAUUCACGUCUGUUUGGUCAAAGGCUGGUUUGGAACGUGCUCCGGUUCUGGGUUCAGAUCUAAAACACGCAACCUCCGUUUUACUUCUAUAUUGUUUUCCUGCUGAUUUUGUAUAGUGGUUCAUUAAACUUGGACGCUGACUUAAUAGGAACCUCAAAUAUUGUCAUGAUAGUUCAUUAUAGCACUCUUGAUCCUUUUUUUUGUCAAUCUUCUGGGAUUUUUAAAAUAGAUUAUUAUGGUUACAGGCAAUAAUAAUUAGAUUAUUAAGUCAGUCGGUUCAUUAACGGUAGCUUUUAAUAUCCUGCUCCUCAAGAACCGACAAAUCAGUAUUUGCUCUGCGUUUCUUAAUUUAUAACGUACUUUCCUACCUAUUACUUCUGGAGAAUUUAUUUCUGUGCCACUGAAAUCUGAAAAAAAAAGGUGCAAAUAUUUUGGAAGCUAACUGAAACAAAGGGUAUCAUUUUACUAACUUAAAGUGCCGCAGUUAAAUUUGAUUAUUAGCGAGGAAUCCCCUCACCUGGAAUAUUUGUUUAAUAUAGUAUUUUUGUUAAAUGGAUGGGAAAGCUUAUAACUAUUUGUAGACCCGCUAUGUAAAAGGGAGAAUUUAUCCUUUUCUCUCUCUCCCCCCCCCCCAGCAUCCAUCUGGAGUGGUUCCUAUAUAUUUAAUAUUUAUUUGAUACUUGGAUCACUUUUUCUCCUUUUUUUGUACACCAAUAUUUUUUCUUUUUCAUGGUUAGUGCUGGAUGUAUGGAUUUUUUUUUCUGUUUCGUAUUUUAUUUUUUACAAUAAAACAAAAUCUAUUUCAAAUAAAAACAGCCACAAUUAAGCUGGAGUGGUUGAAGUGCUAGAAUAAGAUUAGGAAGAUCCGGUUCAGCUUUGCCAUGAGUGGAAACAAACAGGGCAUUUUGGAUUCUGCUGUACAUUUGCAUCCUGUAAGUUCAUCGUCCACGUAUAGAGGAAACAAUUUUGCAAAAGGAAUUCUAAAGGUGCCUGAAAUGGCAUGGAAGUUUAUAUUAUAUUGCUACCAGUGAGUGGCAGCAUGCAUUGACCAUGGGUUUGCGUUGAUGCUGGUUAGUUCUUAGAUGCGAUGCUCCCAGCUCUGAAACCAUCUUGGAAGGAGACGGUGCCAAUGCUAGAACUGCGGGUGGCGCAGUGGUUAGAAUGCAGUCUUGCAGGCAAACUCUGCCCACUGCUGGCAGUUCGAUCCUUGUUGGCUCAAGGUCAGGAGCGUCCAACCUUGGAGACCUCAAUAGCUAUGGACUUCAACUCCGAGGAUUGUCCAGCCAGCAAGGGUUUAAAAUUGCCAAGGUUGGAUACCCUUUCAUUAGGAGUAGUGAGACAAGCUGGUGAAACAAGACCAGGUUGACUCAAGUCUUCCAUCCUUCCGAGGUCGGUAAAAUGAGGAGUCAGAUUGUUAGGGGCAAGAUGCCGACUCUGUAAGCUUAGAGAGGACCGUAAAAGCAUUGUGAAGCAGUAUAUAAGUCUUAAGUGUUAGUGCUAUUGCCUGGUGUUAGCAGGAAAAUUGCUAGGAAGUGCCCAUGGAGUUGGUAGGGAUUGAGCUCAGCUUGAGCAAAUUUGUUGCUAUUUAUAUGCCCGGGAACAAUUGCUUCCUGCAUCCCCAAUUCCCCCCCUCUCCCAAAAUGGGGAGGGGGCAGGGGAAAGUUUGAGGAUGUGUGUUAGGGGACUUAAGUUCUGGAGAGAUUAUCCCCCCAGUCCCAAAAACGCUUUUUUCCAAAAGGCAACUGGACUUCCUUCCUUGGGGUUUGAAAAAGUUUUAAUUCUCAUCCAACAGGCUUCUUUGUUACCCCAAAAUCUUCUUCAUGCCCAGCCUCAUUAUCUUUGAAGAAAAGACAGCAAUUUAUUUCUUUUUGAAAAAUGCUCAUUUAAGCUUCCAUCCAAAAGCAGAACUGAUCUGUUUGGCUACAAGGACCCAUGUUUUGGCUGGUUCUUUUUCCUGUUUAAGCAUGUUUGACUUCAAAGUCUCUUAGGAUAGAUAGGCAAUUACUUUUGUCCAAAGUCCAAAACUUUCUAAACCGUACUGAAGGAGAGCACAAACCGCGAGGCCGUGGUGCAAUUCGGGCUCAGCCAAUGGUGCCGUAAAAAUAGAAGCCUUGAGAUGUUCUUAAGGUUUAAUAUAAUUGGAAGUUGCUCUCAUGUUACAACCCAGAUCUUUAUUUCAGUGGUUUCACUACAUUUUUUUCAGCGAUUAAAUGGUCUCUAAAUAAUUCGGAAAUACCUCUGCGAUUUAUAAGGCUGUAAUUUUGUUCUGCAAGAGAGACAUAUAAGGGCAAGUGUGGAACUUGUGUAGACCACCAUUAGUUGAUCUUUCACUGUCCCAAACCAGGAUGACUAUUUAGUAAUGACAUGAGCAGCUCUGGGGGACAAUGUAAGCAGUUAUGAGAGUCCUUGGUGCUAAGUUUGGUUGUUUUCUUGCAGAUGUUUCAUUACCCACGAACUAGUACUGAUGAUGUUACUAGUUGGGUCAUGCAACUUCUGCAAGAAAACAACCAAGCUCAGACAGCACCUAAGGACUUCUCAUUUCAACCCUGAGCUCCAAAUAGGUACUUUUAAUUGACUCUUAGGGGUGUGCAAUUCUUGAAAAAAAAUGCUAAAAAAAAAAAUCUGAUGGGAAAACGGAGAGAUAGAAGGGAAUUGUCAAAAAGGCUGUGGAGGUGGACAGCAGCUUUUUCAGUUCAAAAAAAUGAAUUGAUGGGUACUCCAACUCAUGAAUAACAUUGAUUUUUGUAUGGCAUGGGAGAUUGGAACAACUUUUUCACUUUGCACAGUAUGGGAUGGCAGUUUAUGGCAAACAAAUAAAACGAUAAGACAGGCUGAAGAACGCAGGGGUUCAAAAAAAGCUGCAGACACGGUCAGACUUUUCAUCUUGAAAAUGCUUUAAUAAGGAAGUGUUGACCACACCGUUUUUGCAAAAUGUAAAGAUAACUAUACAAAUUCUUAAUACAAAAAAGAAUAAAUUAAAAGCUGAUUUAAAAAAAAA